AUGGACAACGCAAUUGAUACCGAAUUCCCAUGCUCAUUAACUAUCGACGUCCCGUUCCCUACCCCGCGCCUGGCCUCCGUCGCCCACAAGGCCCUCGCAGUCGAUAAGGAGCUCUCGCCGCUCGUCAGACGCACCUUCUCCAUCGAGGAGAACUCCUCCGAGUCUGCCAUCCUCCGCGUCAACUACAAAGCGACCACGAACCGCAUGCUCCGCGUCUCCGUCAACGGCCUCAUGGAGAGCCUCAACCUCGUCGUGGAGGUCAUGGAGGAGCUCGACGUCGACGUUCUGGAACACAACCGGGACAGCCAAUAA